AUAUUAUGUUUAUUUAAAUUCACUUGUAGAUAAAUGCGUAGAAAUAAGAUAUAUAUUUAAGAUAUAUGAAAUUUGAUUAAUUUUAUUAUUUAUUUUCAUUCAAAAUUGACUGUUUUGGAGUACAUAAGGUCCCUUGAUUUUAUUAUUGUUUUUUAUUAUUGUCUACUUCGUGUGCAGAUAAUUAAUUUUUUAAAUCAAAGGAAUUAAAAUGAAUAUUGUUUGUGUUAUAUGCAGUGAUUUAUUAAUGCCAUCAGAUGAUGUGUUUUAUACACCAUGUGGUCACAUUUUUCACUUUACAUGUUUAAUACAGUGGUUAGAAAGAUCAAAGUCAUGUCCGCAGUGUCGAGAAAAAACAAAUCAAAAUAAGAUACAUAGAAUCUAUUUUAAUUUCUCUAAUAAUGAUACUAUUGUAGAGGAUACAUCUUUCUUGCAAGAUAAAGUUGACAAACUUACAUUUCAAAUUUUACUUAAAGACAAGGAUAUUAAGCAUUAUACUGAGAAAAAUGAGAAUUUGGAGAAACAAAAUACUGGGUUAAGAAGUGAAGUCAAAAAGGCCGAAAGUGAAGUACGUGAGAAAGAAACUGCCAUUCAUGCAUUAAAAGAACAAAUAAAGUACUUUAGACAACAAUGUACAGAAGUGGAUAUUAUUAAUCAGGAAGUCAUUAGGUUAAGGAAAAGAGUUGAAGAUUUAAAAAAUAUACAACUUUUAAUGGAUGCUCCUGCUGAGGAAGUAGACGAUAUGGUUUCUAAAACAAAUGAUUCUAGCACACUUAUUACAUAUAUAUCUAUAAUGAAAAGGUAUAUCAGAGAAAUGGCUAAAUGUGUAACUAAACGAAGAGAGAUGAGAGCUAAAUUGCAAAGCAUACAGCAGGAACUCACUAAAGUUUCGAUGGAACGUAAUUAUCUACUUGAAGAGCAGGAAAAACGAAAAAAGUUGGAAGAAGAAUUAAUAACGUGUGAGAAUGAAAAAAUGGUAUUACAAAAUAAGCUCCAAGAUAUUGAAAAUAAUGGAUAUAUCAAAACACAUGUAUCAAAUAUAAUGAAAACAAAAGAGAGCUAUUCGAAUUCUAUUAAAAUAUCUAAAGAAGAAGUUAAACAUACUGAUCAGAUGGGUGUCAAGAAUGAUACAAAAAGCUCUCUGAAAAGAAAAACAAAUUUCAUAAUGGAGGAUAUCAAAAUAAAUUCACCUAAUAUUCCAGUCCAAUCAAAAGGUAUUUUAGCUUUAAAGGAACAAUAUACUGCACGACAAGCUACCAGAUCUACGUUUUCUAUUUUAACGAAAAAACCCAGACUUUCCCAAAAUUCUGUUGAAUCUGUAAAAAACGGUUCAAUCACAUAUGAUGGUUUUGGAGGUCACUCGAAGUAUGAUAAAUUUCCUAGUCCUAUUCAAAGUGCUAAAUUAAAGAGAACGAAAGAGUGUUUGUCUAAGCCAAGGAAACCUAAACUUGACACAGGAGACAAUAAAAAACUUAGUGAUUUAAUUAUAGAUAUAUCAUGAUACUUGAAUUAAUCUAAUAUUCUAUUUUUUAUAAUUAUAUUUAUAUUUUAUAGUAAUUUACAAGUGUAUUAGUUUGUAUAUGUAUAGUACGCCAUCUUUAUUAUUUUCUAGAUUAGAUGGAUUUUAUGUGAUUAUAUUUAGUGAAAAGUCACAAAACAACUGAAAGUUAGUUAAAAGGUUAUAAUUCAAGAUGCUGAUAUUAACGAAGUUGAAAAUAAGAUAACUUAUAUAAAUAUA